AUGACUCCGUUCACAUCUGGGAAGCUCGCCCCUGCGCAGGUCGCGGCCAUCGGAGCCCUGAAGCUGAAGGUGGGACGCCGCCGGAAUUCCGCCCAGGGGACCCCAAAAACUGGGAGGACGCUCUCAGGGGUCGGGGCUUUACGCUCCCGUCUGGUUACGGCAGGAGAUCACUUACGAUUUCCGUGCUCUAACCAAAAGCGCUUGCGAAGCGCCCGCGCCCCUGAACGAGUGAGAGAGCUGAAGUUGUGUGUCACGGCUUGUUUAUGCAAGCGGGCCCGAGGGUACGGCGGGCCACCUCCAGAUCCUGAGACUCUCCGGACCUUCAGUGAGUUAGAAUGGCCAGCCUUUGACGUAGGAUGGCCCUCUGAAGGGACUUUUAACCUCCCCCUUCUCUAUGCCAUUCAAGGGGUGGUUUACAGAGUGCCCCAUCCAGAUCAGAUGAUUUAUAUAGAUGUUUGGGUAGAUAUAGCUACCGAACGACCGAAGUACAUACGCUGUUGUCAGUCAGGCAGAAAUAGGAUGCGGCAGAGCGUCUGUGUAGCUGCUAGACAAAGGCCAGGAGGGGGGAGAAAAACUCCUCUCCAGGAGCAGGAACAAAGGCACCCCCGAGUAAAUCCUGGAGAGAAAACUCCUCCCCAGGAGCAGGAACAAAGGAAGCCCCAAGUAAAUCCCGGAGAGAAAACUCCUCCCCAGGGGCAGGAACAAAGGAAGCCCCAUGUAAAUCCCGGAGAGAAAACUCCUCCCCAGGGGCAGGAACAAAGGAAGCCCCGUCUAUAUCCGGUACUGCCAGAGCAGCCAGAGGAUUCUCUACUAGCCCCAACUGCCCCGCCGCCAUACAAUCCUACCCCGCAACCCGACUCCACCACGGGGGAGGAGUUGAUGAGUCCCCCUCACACAAGGAGGGGAACCCUAUACGGGGCGCCCCACCCCCAGGUGGGAGGGGCUGGCGUCCCGCUUCCCGGGCCCGGGGCGCCCCACCCCCAGGUGGGAGGGGCUGGCGUCCCGCUUCCCGGGCCAGGGGCGCCCCACCCCUCAGAGGGAGGGGCCAACAUCUUGCCCCUCCGGGAGGUGCCGCCGGGCCCUGAUGCCCCGGCCUUUAAUCCCCCUCGUCUAGUUUAUGUCCCUUUUUCUACCAGUGAUUUAUAUAAUUGGAAACUUCAGAAUCCCCCGUUCUCUGAAAAGCCCCAGGGCUUAAUCUCCCUUCUAGAGACCGUUUUUAGGACCCACCAGCCUACGUGGGAUGACUGCCAACAGAUACUCCAAACUCUCUUCACCUCUGAAGAGAGAGAGAGAAUCCUUCGAGAGGCCGAAAAGGCCGUAAGGGAAGAAGAAGGAGGGCUGGGAGGAAACCGGAGGGGGGUUGGGGAUAUACUCCCCAACCCGCCUCCGGACUGGGACCCAAAUUCAAGUGCGGGGAGGGAAGCUCUAUUCCAGUAUCGCCGAGCUCUCCUGAGGGGGGUACGAGCAGCAGCCAGAAAGCCAACCAAUUUCAGUAAGAAACUUCAGGCCACCAUCACUUUCAAACAGACUGAGGUGCCAGGGACCAAUACUCCAGGACCUGCCCGGGUAGAGGUAACUGUGCCACUCUCAGAAGAAUACCUGCUGGCAACCCUCCAGGAAGGUAAGGAGGAGAAAGGAGUACCAGAAACCCUCCUCUCUGAGAUUCCCAGAGUCUGGGCAGAGACUAAUCCACCAGGCCUAGCACUCCACCAACCUCCAGUGCUAGUCCAGCUAAAAAGCACUGCCAGCCCUAUUCGGGUGAGACAGUACCCAGUACCCAGCCGAGCACGGCAGGGGAUCGCCCAACACCUUAAGCGACUUCUAAAAGCAGGUAUUCUACGGGAGUGUCAGUCAGCCUGGAAUACUCCCUUGUUACCAGUACAAAAGCCUGGGACGGCGGAUUACCGGCCAGUUCAAGAUCUGAGGGAAGUAAAUAUGCGGGUAGAGACUAUACAUCCCACGGUGCCCAACCCAUAUACCCUGCUAAGUUCUUUGCCCCCGACUCAUACUCAUUACUCGGUACUAGAUUUAAAGGACGCCUUCUUUUGCAUACCGCUAGCCCGUCAAAGCCAAGAGAUCUUUGCCUUUGAGUGGAAUGAUCCUGAAAAUGGAUUAGUAGGCCAGUAUACCUGGACGCGCCUACCACAAGGGUUUAAGAACUCACCUACCAUUUUCAGUGAGGCCCUAGGUAAGGACUUGCAGGCUUUCCACAUCUCCCACCCCACGACAGUACUCCUGCAGUAUGUGGAUGACAUCCUCAUUGCGGAGAGGAGUGCGGAGAAGUGCGAGGCUGCUACUAAGGACCUACUCCGAGACCUAGAAAAGAUGGGAUACCGUGUGUCAGCCAAGAAAGCCCAGAUUGUGACUCAAACCGUAAGUUACCUGGGGUAUAACCUGCAGAAUGGGCAAAGAACCUUAUCCAAUCAGAGGAUUCAAACAGUCCUACAAAUCCCAGAACCUACCAGCAAGAGACAGGUACGGGAGUUUCUCGGAGCAGUAGGAUACUGUCGGCUUUGGAUCCUAGGUUUUGCAGAGUUGGCCCAACCACUGCACCAGCUAACUUGGGGAAAGGAAGAAAAGUUUGAACGGACUAGCGAGGCAAGAAGGGCCUUCCAGGCCCUGAAGGAGGCCCUCGUUGUGGUCCCGGCAUUAGCGCUGCCGGACCUAUCUAAGCCAUUUCAACUAUUCAUAGCCGAGAAAGAAGGAACUGCAUUAGGGGUGCUGUGCCAAGAGCUCGGUCCAUGGAGAAGACCUGUAGCCUACCUAUCAAGGAGACUUGACCCUGUAGCUUCUGGCUGGCCAGCAUGUCUGAGGGCCUUAGCGGCCACCUCUGUGUUAGUCAAAGAAGCAAGCAAGCUCACCUUAGGCCAAGACAUUCAGGUAAUCGGAGAGCACUAUCUAGAGCAGGUCUUACGGGCACCCCCAGACAGAUGGCUUUCGAAUGCCCGACUGACUCAGUAUCAAGCUCAGCUCCUAAAUCCUCCAGCUGUGCAGUUCGUCAAAACAACCACCCUGAACCCUGCGACCUUGUUGCCCUUACCAGACGCAGCUAUAACCCAUAACUGUACAUGGGUAUUAGACUCUAUCACUGGUUCCCGACCCGAUUUACGGGACCAGGCCUAUGACAAGCCUGAUUUAGUUCUUUUUACUGAUGGAAGCAGCUUCAUGCGGGAAGGGCGGCGACUAGCAGGGGCGGCAGUCACCACUGAGACGAAGGUGAUCUGGCAGAAGGCGUUGCCAGCUGGAACUUCAGCCCAGCGAGCUGAACUGAUUGGCCUAAUCCAGGCUCUGCGUCUAGCAGAAGGUAAGACCGCUAAUAUCUACACCGACAGCAGGUAUGCUUUCGCCACCGCUCACAUCCACGGAGCCAUUUACAAAGAGCGUGGCCUCCUUACUGCCGGUGGGAAGGAAGUUAAGAACAAGGAAGAGAUCCUGGCCCUCUUGGAAGCUAUAUGGCUCCCCGCUAAGGUAGCCAUAAUACAUUGCCGAGGGCAUCAGAAAGGUGAGUCACCCAUCAUCAGGGGAAACGAAUUAGCUGACGCCGCUGCUCGGAAAGCUGCUGAAGGAGAAGUAGUUGUUCUUCCACUCAUUCCACGCCUCGAAAUCCCCCCAAAACUUAUCUACACCCCCGAGGAAGAGCAAGUAAAUGCCCAGAAUAAGAAGUAUCCUCCCCUGGUGAGGUACCGAGGUAAGAGUCCAGGUGAGCUAUGGGAAGUAGAUUUCACCGAAAUGGGACCAGGAAAAUCUGGGUAUAAGUAUCUCUUAGUAUUAGUAGACACUUACUCAGGUUGGACUGAAGCCUUCCCCACUAAGGGGGAGACCGCUUCCAUUGUAUGCAAACCACUCCUAAGAGAAAUUAUCCCCAGAUAUGGGCUUCCAUUAGCUAUUGGCUCAGAUAAUGGCCCGGCCUUUGUCUCAAAGGUCUCCCAAGAAUUGGCCAGCAAAUUAAUGAUUGAAUGGAAGCUCCAUUGUGUUUAUAGACCCCAGAGUUCAGGACAAGUAGAAAGAAUGAACAGAACUCUAAAAGAGACUAUUAUUAAAUUAAAGGAAGAGACUGGCGAAAACUGGGUCGAGCUUCUUCCUUUUGCCUUAUUCCGGGUAAGGUAUACCCCUUACGUGGGGUCUUGGACCCCAUAUGAAAUCAUGUUUGGGCAACCUGUCCCCAUUAUUCCCAAACUUUCCAGUGAAGAAAUAGCCAGCACAAAUUAUAACUUCCUUAAGUCCCUCCAGGCCUUGCAGCAGGUGCGACAGGAGAUACGAGUCCUACGACAUCAGCCCCCAGCUGAAACGACCCAGUGGCCUACUCCUCCUGAACCAGGCCAGUGGGUGUGGAUCCUCAACCACCGGCGAGGAAACCUGGAGCCACGGUGGGUCGGCCCCUUCCAGGUCCUGCUCAGCACCCUCUCUGCAGUGCGAGUCGCAGAGAAACCCUACUGGAUUCAUCUAUCACACACAAAGCCAGCUCAACCUCCUAGGGAACAUCAAGGCACAUGGCGAGUCAGCAGAGAUCCUGAGCGACCGCUGAGCCUAAAGUUCCUAAAACAGUAAGGUUGUUCCUGAUUAUAGUAACUCUGUCCAUGAACCACGGGAAAGCUCUAAGCCAAGGCCUAGAACAGCAGGAGUGGGUACUCAUAAGGACAGCAGAUGGCACAGUCAUUGCCACAAAUUUUACUUGGGAUACAGGCCCAGUAACUCUAAGUGCAGAUUUCUCCCAGUUUUUUGGUGACAAACUUUGUGAUGUUCCCGGAAUGAACAGAAUAGACCCAUACAAACAAGGAUUAGGGAAUCUCUGUGAAAAGGGUGGGGGAGAAGAUGGCUUAAAUCGAGACCUCAUCCGAACCCGGUUCUACACUUGCCCAGAAUCCCCACCAGGGAAAAGACAGACGUGUGGCAGCGCUCUUGGGGACUACUACUGUAAAGCAUGGGGUUGUGAGACCCUCUCCAAUGGGUGGAGCCUCGGAGGGGGAAGGGAUAAAACUAUCACCCUCCAAAAGGGUGAAAGAUGGAAUCGGAACUGCGCCACAAACGACUGUAAUCCAACUGUAAUAACUGUUUUAAACCCUAAAGACCCCAAAUGGGCUAAAGGACGAACCUGGGGCCUCCGCCUAUAUAUCACAGGGGAUGACCCAGGAACUCUAUUUACUGUAAAGAGAUUACCCACCAGGGGAAGGCCCCUCCUGAGAGGAGCAGUAGGCAGAUUGCCACCUCGCCCGCCCAAACCUACUGUAAGCCUAGCCGCUACGCGCUCU